CUGUGGGUUUUAAUCCAUUUGUAUUAUACAAUUAUACAAUGUCUGAACCUUUCUUGUAUUUCACCAAAAUCAUAUUCUUUUUUGAUAUCUUAAUAGUCCCACUUCAUCUGAUAUCUUUUUAUAGGAGACAGACACAACUAAGCUGAGAUCAUAAAGUGGUGAAUGACAUUUAGUUCUUUUUUCUCCAAACUCAAAUAAUGCGGAGACAUGGGCAAAGAAAACUGCUCCACUGUGACAGAGUUCAUUCUCCUUGGACUAUCAGAUGCCCCUGAGCUACAAGUCUUACUCACAUUGAUGUUCCUCCUCAUCUAUGGAGUCACAGUUUUGGCCAACCUGGGUAUGACACUACUGAUUCAUGUGAGCUCUGGGCUUCAUACCCCUAUGUAUUUCUUCCUCAGCCACUUAUCCUUUAUAGAUUUCUGCUACUCCUCAAUCAUCGUGCCAAAGGCGUUGGCUAAUAUCCUCAACAGAGACAAAUCCAUCUCCUUCCUGGGAUGCAUGAUGCAGUUAUACUUAUUCUGUUCAUUUGCAGUCACUGAGGUCUUCCUGCUGGCAGUGAUGGCCUAUGACCGCUUUGUGGCCAUCUGUAACCCACUGCUGUACAUGGUCACCAUGUCUCAGAAGCUCUGUGUGGGGCUGGUAUCUUGCUGCUACUUCUGUGGGACGCUGUGUUCUCUAAUCCAUUUGUGUUUAACCCUUGAAAUCCCAUCUUAUAGAUCCAAUGUGAUUAACCACUUCUUCUGUGAUCUACCCCCUCUCUUAAGUCUUGCUUGUUCUGAUGUCACUGUGAAUGAGGUGCUGUUGUUCAUAGUGGCUACUGUCAAUGAGGUCAUUACCAUUGUGAUCAUCCUCCCUUCCUACUUGUUUAUUGUCAUCACCAUCCUGAGGAUGCGCUCUGCAGAGGGAAGGCGCAAAGCUUUUUCCACCUGUGCCUCCCACCUCACGGCCAUUGUGGUCUUCCAUGGGACGAUCCUUUCUAUUUAUUGCCGGCCCAGUUCGGGUACCAGUGGGGAUGCUGACAAAGUGGCCACAGUGUUCUACACUGUAGUGAUUCCCAUGCUGAACCCCCUGAUCUACAGCCUGAGGAACAAGGAUGUAAAGGAGGCUCUCAGGAAAGUGUUGGGAUCCAAAAUGUAUUCAUAAAGAGGAUUUUAUAGCAGGAGUCAGGAUUCCAAAGUGGAGACAGAUGAGGGGUCAAUAUUAGGGUUGCAGUGUUGGAACGGAGAGGAGUGAAGAACUUGGUAGUUAUGCACCUGUCUUUUUGGUCUGCUUAUAUUGUGAUUUAAAU